AUGGUUGUCCUGAGGAAAAGACAUGUGCAGAAAAGGAAAUAUGCACUCAUCUGUCUGUGCAUUGUUGGAUUCAUCAUAUUCUACAGAUACCUCAGAGUGCCAGCAGGGGGACGGAGGAUAAGCAGGAAAGUGGGCUUGAGCUCCAACUCCUCGCAGUUCACCCUGGGGGGAGAGCCCUUCCAAAUCAUCGGGGGAUCCAUCCAGUACUUCCGUGUGCCCCGGGCAUACUGGAGGGACCGGCUGAUGAAAAUGAAGGCCUGUGGCAUCAACACACUUACUACGUAUGUGCCAUGGAGUCUGCACCAGCCAGAGAGAGGAUCCUUCAACUUCAAAACGCAGCUGGAUUUGGUAGCCUACAUCAGUCUUGCUGCUGAAUUGGAAUUGUGGGUAAUUUUACGUCCAGGGCCGUACAUAUCUUCUGAGCUGGAUCUCGGAGGACUACCGAGCUGGCUGCUCCAAGACGACAGCAUGAGACUGAGGACGACUUACCCAGGCUUCACUCAAGCUGUCAACACUUUCUUUGACAAACUUAUACCAAAAGUGGUUCCACUGCAGUUUAAGAAAGGCGGUCCCAUUAUCGCAGUGCAGGUGGAAAAUGAGUACGGAUCCUUUGCAAAGGAUGAAAGUUACAUGCCUUUUGUCAAAGAGGCUUUACAGUCCAGAGGGAUCAGCGAGCUCCUACUUACAUCAGACAACCGCAAUGCAUUAAUGUCGGGGGGUGUUAUUGGAGCCAUCAGAUCAGUGAAGCUGCAGAAGCUAAGUCAAAGAGACAUCCAGGAUCUGAAUGCUAUCCAGCCCAACAGCCCUAGCAUCGUCAUGGACUAUUGGACUGGCUGGUAUGACGUGUGGGGUGACCUCCACCAUGUGCUUCCUCCUGAGGAUAUGGUGUCCACCAUCAGGGAAAUCCUGAGACGAGGCAUGUCUGUCAACCUCUACAUGUUCCAUGGAGGCUCCAGCUUUGGCUUCAUGAGCGGAGCACUCACUAAUCCGUCCUACAAAGCACUGGUCACCAGCUAUGAUUAUGAUGCUCCCUUGUCUGAAGCUGGGGAGUACACUCCAAAGUACCAUCUCCUUAGGGAUCUACUUCACCGCUUCAACAGAGUUGAGAGUUUCCCUGACCUGCCAACCCUGCAUUACAGAGAGGCUUAUGAACCAGCUAUCAUGUACCAGCACCUGUCAUUAUGGGAUGCUCUGAGCUUCACUGAGGGACCAUUUAAGUCACUCAGGCCAGUAAACAUGGAGAGUCUUCCUGUGAACAACGGGAAUGGCCAGUCGUUUGGGUACACACUGUAUGAGACCACCAUCACCAGCGGAGGAUUCUUAAAGUCUGGAGACAAUGUCCGAGACAGAGCCUUAGUGUUUGUUGACAGAAACUACAUUGGCCUUUUCAAGCGCCAGAGCAUGGAGCUGGCGGUUCCUGAUGGUAAGGAGCGGCGAACCUUGAGUUUGCUGGUGGAGAACUGUGGACGAGGUCACCAGGGAAGGGACCUUGACAAACAACAUAAAGGCCUUCUGGGAGACAUUUUAUUAAACAAUAUCCCCUUGCGGAAUUUUACAAUAUACAGUCUGGAUAUGAAACCCAGCUUUAUUGAUAGUCUUUAUCAGGCACCAUGGAAAUCUCUUCCUGAGAAUCCCAGCUUCCCUGGAUUUUUCAUGGGGAGGAUGUUUGCGUACGGGUAUCCCAGUGACACUUUUGUGAAGCUGCCAGGCUGGGAGAAAGGGGUUGUGUUUAUCAAUGGGCUGAAUCUGGGCCGAUACUGGUCCAUCGGACCCCAGCAGGCUCUCUACCUCCCAAGUCCCUUUCUCAACGGUGGAAUCAACCAGGUCAUUGUGUUUGAGGAGCAAGAGGGAGACUUCAAGGUCCAAUUUGAGGACACACCUGAUCUUGGCAUGGCAGCAGACAUCCAGUGA